AUGCUACCUAGAAGACUCGGUCUCCUACUUAGCCCCACUUUGCUGACUCCAACAAGAAGAUGGCUUUCUUCCGAGACAACAACGCCCUCAUUUUUCAAAUUAUUCCCACACAAUUUUCCCCAUGGCGGUCCACCCAAAGACCCAUUCUUCAUCAAUGAAAAACAACUCCGUAAAGAGUAUCGUACUUUACAAAGCUCAAAUCACCCCGAUGUGUCAUCCGAUACGAUAGCAUCCCUGAAUAUCAACCAAGCAUUCACUCAUUUGCGCAAUCCGUAUUUACGCUUGGCUCAUUUGAUCAAAUUGCUCCAUGGGGUCGAUAUAACUGAUGAUGCAGUGUCUAAAUCCAUGAUUGCUAAAUUUCAAAAUGCCAACGAUUCAAACGCAAUGGCGUACAAGUCGAUGUUGUUGCAAGUCAUGGAGGCGCAUGAGCAGUUGGAGUUUGCCGAAAAGGAACAGGAAUUGGAUGAGUUGGAAGAUGAAAAUAACGAACGGAUCAAGCAAGCUGAGGACAAGAUUGAACUGGAGUUGAGGAAAGAUCCGAUAAAUUGGGAUGAGUUGAUUACAGAUGCUAUAAAGUUGAAGUAUUGGGUAAAUAUACAAAAUGGUAUCAAGGACUGGGAACCGGGGAAACCAGUGCAUUUGACUCAUUGA